AUGUCGGCAUCGGUUCGUGCGUUGAAUCCUGAACACUGGACAAUCACCACCAGCAGCGACGGUUCCACAGUGUAUACCUGUAAACUAGUUACCGACGAUGUCCUGCGAAACAUCGUCAGCGCAUUGCAUGGAAAUGUUGUCGACAACCCUCCUCUCCCACCCUACCCUCCCAACCAUCCGUCGCUGCGAGGUAUUCAACUCGAGCACGACGCCCAUUGGGACAGAUCACCUGCCACUGGUAUCAACUACGGAAUCCACCAGGAACACACUCAAAUCGAGUCGGAACACCUUCAACAGCUUGUCACGGAGACCACCAAGACAAUAAUGGACCUAUUGGAUUCCGACUUGAGUGACUUUGAGUGGGCGGAGAGGACUGAUUCCGAUGAGGACAGUUCCGAGAGUGAUUCGGAUGAAUCUGACAAUUUCCUGUAUGGAUAUGACGAAGACGAAGAAGGUGAACCAGACGGACCUCGAAAGCGUGCUAGAGGGCACAGGAGCGAUCCGGCUACAGCGCGGUCGUGGUUUCCGUGGCAAGACAAGUUGACCUGCUCCCUCGAUCUCCUAAUGCACCUGCCACGGUCCGUCUUCUCCCAACGGCAACUGGAGUUGUUUUUAUGGCUCCUGCGGGUCAAUGGAGUCGACGAUGUACCUUCGGUGAAAGCAAUGAAACGGAUUAAUGAAUCCCCUGCAAGACCUUUGUGGUAUCGACUCAAAACCAUCUUAGCUCAGGAAAUGGCAAACCCCCUUGUUCGUCCUCAUCUUCAGUUCUACCCAGAGGAUUGCGGAAAGCGAGUCUCCGAAGCUGUCCACGGUGCUCGGUGGCUUCAUGAGCUCUCCCACGAAGACUCGACUCCCAUGAUUCGACGCGGUACCACAGACUACUUCAUCCACGAGCCAGCGAUGAUCGUCGAUGGAUCAUGCUGCAUUCCUUUCCGCUGGUUCCGUCGGAAGGGCAAGUUCGUUGCCCAAGCAUGGAGGAUGGAAACACUUACCGACGAAAACGGACGCGAGGGAUGCAGCUCCUAA